AUGAUCAAAUAUGGGCAAGAGGUUCCUCUUUCCGCGGCUACUUUAGUAGUAAGCAUUAUUAACAUUGUCAAGGUGACCUUAAGCAGCCGACUGUUCAGUCCGGUAUUCCCAAAGGUUGUUGAGAACAUCGUAGUUGGAAAGAAGGCCGGUGUGGUUGUUCCUUUGUUUGAUUUUGUUAACACUCCAAUCUGUCAGUAUGGUGAGUCCAACAUUUUGAAGAAUAAGGAUGAUAAUGAUGAAGUACUUCAUCUAAUAAAGAAGAGUGGGUUUAACGUCGUGGAACAGCUACUCCAGACGCCCUCCAAGAAUUCUGUUGUAUCUCUAUUAAUGAAUUCUGAAGCACAUCGUGAGGCUUUGCAAAAAUUACUUGAACAUGCCUAUGUUGAACAUAAUGUUAGGGUUGAUCAGUUUGAUCACAUAGUUGCUAACAUUACUGCCUGCAACAAUCUGAGUUUUUGUGAUGAGGAGCUUCCAGAAGAAGGUAGGAAUCAUAAUCUAGCUCUCCACAUAUCUAUGAAAUGUAAGGAGGAUGCCUUCUCCAACGUCUUGAUAGCCAUUGGUUCAUAUUUUAACAUUCUACCCAAGUCUACCUUGGCUAGGCUAUCUUUUCAAGGAGCACCCAUGAGAUAUAGUGGUGUGAUUGUGAAAGCGUUUGAGAAUUCUCGCAAAACCGUCAUUGGAGAAGUUAACCUCCCAAUUAAGAUUGGUCCGAGCGAUUUCCAAAUUACUUUCCAGAAUGGGAAGCUUGUUAUUGUUGGAGGUGAGAAGGCACUGUUAGUGAGCCACUUAUCAUCUUUCAUGUAUGUUGAAGUCGGUGAAGCUGUUGCAACUCUAUUCCAAGCUUUGUAUAUGGCUAAUAUGAUCCAGAAGAUUGGGGUAUCCAUGUCUUCUUUGAAAGAUGCGCAAGAGAUUGCUCAGGCUGGUGAUACAGACAAUUGGGGUCGUGUCAUGGAAGUGGUUAAGAACAAGAAUCGGGCCAUUUUAGGAUUCGAGCAAGGGCCGUUCAAGAAAGAAGUCAAGGCUAUGCAACAGAUUUUCCGUAGCGAAGGGUUCAUCCACAAGGAAGAACAACACUCAACUGCGAUCCUUCAUGAAGAUGAAGAUGGAGAAGAAGGCAGUGCCAACUUUGUAACGCAUGGACAAAUUUGCAACAAUUGGGUUGUUAUUGAUGUUUCUAUUAUAAUUCAUCGUUCAAAGUAG